AUGGGGGCUGUAGAGAGCAUUGCCGAAGAAAACAGCGUCAUACGAUUUGUCGACUCUGUGGAAAUCAGCCACGAAGAAGAUACUUCAAUCCUCACACAGGAACAUGGUUUGAACGAACAUGUCUCGGAUAAUAAAGGUGAGUUCGAAUCGCUGAUCGAUCUUUGUAGUGUAGGAUCGCUCUCACGUGCUGUAUAUCGUGUUAUUCAGCUGAUUCCUCAGUGAUCAGUUGUUUCAUUCGUUUAUGGCGUUGAGGUUAGAUGAGAAAACAUUUUUUAUCUACAGUCUUGGACAAGAUGAGUAUCUAUUUUGGUAAUACAUUACAUCAAUUCAAUUUAGAAUAUUUACGAAGUAUUUCGUAAUAAUUUAUAACAUUGUUGCGGAACGUACAGCCUGUGAUACUUGCUCAUCUUACAGGUACUUACCAAUACGUCAUCCUUAGUCAGUUGUGUUUUGUUUAGAAUCGAAGUAGGUUUUUUUCUUCAAUUGAGUUACAUCGCUUACAUAUUUGUUCCUUUGUCAGGUUUCACGGUUGUCACGGUUUUCUUGUUGUACGGGUAACAAAAAGACUUGAAACGGGAUUAUGUUACAGACUACAAAAUAAGUGACAGAAAAUUAAUUUAUCUUAUCCCUAUGUAUUUCGGGUUUCGUUUUGUGCACAGAUUGGGUAUCACAUGUUCCCAAAGUUGACGAUUCUCAUGGGAUCGCCACAGUUGCUCCAGCGGACUCCAUGCUGUACGAAGGAACUUACGAAGACUAUGAAAUUCUUGGCGACACCGCUGUACAAAGUUAGAAAUAUUAAGUUAACGUUAAAUGUGCUAUUUAUUACGAGUAGUUCCUCUGUUUGAGCGAGUACAAAAAAACUUACUGAAACAAAAACUGUUCACCAGCUGCGCUAAACUUUGGGAGUGCGGUGCACAAAAAGUAGAGAGCUGACAUCACUUUUUUGGUUACUGAUUUUUUUUUCUGACAUGCUUGAAAGACUUCCGUCACCGAAAAGGAGGGACUGUAUUGUAUACUGUGUUACUGCUUAAACAAGUCACAGUGUAGAAUCUCGGAACAAAACUACCGGUACGUUAUAUGGAUGUGACAUAACGUUCUCGACUUCGGUUAGAGCGUAUUCCCUUAUCUCUAAAUCACGACUUAUAUGCUCUUUUCUAUAACGGUUGUUUGGCUUGCCAUUGAGAAUGGCCCUCCCCUUUUCCUGAACUUGUUGAACACAAUUUGUCGAAAAAACUUUCUUCCUUUAUGGGUUCCUUUAUAUGUUCAUUGAUAACCUUUUCUCCUGAGAUCUCAAACACGACCUUAAACUGUCGCGAUUUUUCCCUAGGGUGGUAUCAUAUAUGGCCUAAAAGAGUAUUGUUACUUUUGCUUUAUGCUUAAUUUUAUAGGAAAGUGAUCAGACUUCAGAAUGACUUUUUUUUUAGACAGAAAUGGAAAGGGAAAGUGACGACUCUGUUCUUAACUUUCUCUUAUUAAACUUGUGCCGGGUGUUUUUUUUUUCUUUUUAAGAUUCCCGCAAUGAAAAAUUCGGUAGUGUUUGACAAAGGCUACUUUUACACUUGAUUAUUACUUCGCAGCAAGCGAUCAAGAAGAAUUCGGAUUAGUGGGAACCACCAAGUCAGAUCUUAGCAUCGACGAAGACCAUUCACCUGGACUGAAAUACAUCAGACCUCCAAGAAGGACGUCAUUUAAGAAGACACCAAAUGAAGCGAAGAGUAAGUCUGGAGAUACUGUGCGUAGAUCUUCCUUGGGUGGGCCUUGAGGGGCGCAGGACCGUGUCUUCUCUUUUUCAAGAAAAUGUUUCUGCUUUUUGUUUAAUAUCAUCAUCGUUAAUCUAUUCUCCUAAGGGGGGGGGGGUACGACUUUUUUAGGCUAUGUUUAUGUGUUAUUUAUUCUCUCACAACAACAUUUCAGCUGAAACGAAUGACAACCUAGGCAACCUAAGACUAUCAACGUUCCUGUCACUAACGAAAUCUUGUUCAGCGGUAUGACGCAAGACUAGAACCCAGCCUCCAAUGAGGAAGUAAACGAAGCUUUCGGUUUCCUAAUCGCUAUCACUAAACGAAAACUAUCUACCUAGGAGGUUUACUAUAAGUUUGUUACUCGUCUCAGAAUGUUUUCUUCCCCUCUUGAUGAUGACGAAGGAGAUUUCAUGUCCCCGACCCGUGGAGGGUGAGCAAUUGAUUUACUUUUGUAAUCUGUCUUUUGCCAUUUCACAUGUUAUCGUAGAAGUUCAAGAUGGCGGAAAAUUGAGGUCGCGUGACAGUGUUCUUAUCUCGCAUAGCUCUUCCAAGCUUGCAUCGUUAUUUGGUCAGGAUAGAGCAUCGUUUUUAGGAGGGAAUGAAUCCUUGACGUACACUGCUCCUAAGCAGCCAAAGAAAGAGAAACCAGGUGAACGGCUAAUUAAUUUAUGUGCAGUGUGCGGUUACAAUCGAAUCAACCUUGUCGUGAUCUCGGUGUACGAAGUGCGUGGUCAUUUUUUCGCGCUGAAUCAGGCAAUUCAAGUAGAUCUUUUGAGAAUACCUCAAAAGAAAGAAACACGUGAGAAUUUGUAAUUUUGCACAAGUGACACAACCGAUCAGCAACCCUUUUUUCUUUCGUACCCCUCCCCCUUGCUCCAAGCCUCCAGCUAUCCUCUUUUCGGUCACUUCGUUCACCGGGAUGUCUGUUAUGACAACUAAGGUAAAGCAACUCUUUUUAUAAGUGCACUGCCAAUACUUCUCUCCAUUAACCAGAGGCUGAGAGCGAAUAUAGUGACCUGCUAAGCGUUUUUUUUUUGUGCACAUUUUCACUGUAUCAACUAAUUCUGUUGUCAGUGUUAAUACCAUAUUAUUAUAUUUAUAUCACGUUUUUUUGUGAAGGGGAGCUUACAGAGCUUAAAUCAAUUUUUUAAUUGAAUUCAACAGUUAAGGAUUUGAAAUUUGAACAAUAAUUUUAGUGUAGAAUAUCCUAAAAGUAUGUGUAAAAUCAAAGUAAAAAAGAGAGUGCCAUUUCAGAUAACUGUCUUUUUAAGGGUUUGAAUCUCUUUACCAAAUAAAUCCCAUGUUGUCAUGUGUCCCUUGUAGGUCACAGAUGACAUCAAAAUAUGGUAAGAACAAAAAGGUGGCACAGGAGGGGCAGCCAAGUGUAAUACUGAUGUUCUUGUCGCAUUUUGACGUUUUCUGUGAUCUAUAACUGUGAACAGCUUGAGGAAUCUGGCAUAAUUUUGUGAUGCACUUGUUGUUGAUACCAUUGUUUAUCUCUAGCUGGAGCAGCGCAAGCUGGUGGUGGAGAAACAACACUCUUGUUUGCAACUGCAGUCCAUGCCUACAAAUAGUAAGUGGCUCUUCAGUGUAUUGUGUAUGUAAAUCCCUGUUUCUCUUCAGCACUUUUUGAUAAAAAAUUUUGCAGACUUGCAAAAGAGUUUUAAACAUCUGUUACAUCACAUUCUAGUGUCAAUGGCCAAUAUGCUAGUCAGGGAAAACUGGGUGCUGCAGUGUUGGGCAAUCAUCCUGCAAAUGAUGUAAGUUAUCCAUGCUAAGCUUAACAGUCAAGAGCUUGGUUGGUAAUCAUUUCCUCUUUUUUUGUUACCUUAGUGUUUAUUUAGGGGUGAUAUUGUAAGGAGAAACUAGAUGCAAGUCACUCUCUGUGGUCACAGGGUUAAAAAAGCUUCACUGAAUACAGACCCAUUUUACAGUAAAUGUAGGACUUGGCUUUGUCACUGCACUUAUAACACUUGUUCAUGAAAGUUCAUAAAAUACGGGUUUAGCUGUACAUAUUUUACUCUCACAAUGAUGUAUAAGGGAAAAUGGAAAUUCCAAUACUUAUAUAUCGUGCUAUUAUUUCUUUACAAAUGUAGUACCGGAUUCUCGUUUAUGCUUCAAAACAACAGCAAGUGACCACAGCAAAAAUUCAUGGGAAUUUUUCAUUCACGGUAAAUAUAUGAGUGGAUUACAUUGUAUGAUAUGUUAGUUAAAUUGUAAAUUUUCAAGUGUUCAGCAUUCAUACUUUUAUUUCCCCAGACGGUAGUUUUAACAGUUAUAUAUUUUUUUUUAGGUUCAAGGAAGUAAUUAUGCAAGUUUUUAUGAUGACCAGAGGCAGACAUGGUCACUUAAUUUUGAAUCGGAUAAGAAUAUCACAGAUUUUGCGAAACAGGUAAUUAGUUAGCUGAGAUUGUACGAGAGUGUGCAUUGGUUUUGUUUUACUUUGCUCUGUGAUUGGUUCAGAAACAAGCUCCAUGCUCUCAACCAUCAGAUACAAAACUAGAAUCAGUCACAACUUUGUUGCAUGUGUUUUCUGCACUUUAAGCAGUUUGGUUGUUUUUACUUGGAGUCUUCAUUGGCUCUCAACCCUUUAAAUCCCACUAGUGACCAAGACAGAAUUCCUUCUUACACCAUAUCUACAAUAUCAAGCAGACAAGUAAUGAGAAUAAAGAAAAAUAUUAAUUGGGGGAUUAUUGGUUGAUCUAAUUCCAAAUUCUCCAAAACACUGUUAUAUAAACUGUAAGGCAGACAGUAAGGAGAAUUACUAAUGACAUCUUGAGAAUUAAAGGGUUAAAGGUAUUUUCCUUUUUUCUGAUUGGCCUUAACAUGAUCUGCACUUAGGUUUUGGUUUUAUAGAACUCAAUCAAAAAGUGCUUUUAUAUAUGACAAUUAACUGUGUGUGAGUUUUCCUUCAUGUUCAUUUGAACUACGGCCAUGGAUUAAUCUUUCAAGAAAUAAGAAAAAUCAAGAUCUUAAGGUUGCAAACAAGUAAAAUUAGCAUUUUGAUGGAAUAAAUUUGGCGUUAGCAUUGCAGAAGACAGGGUAAAAUCAGGGUUUAAAGAAAAUUAAGUUUUCAAAGAUUAGUGCUGGAGGUUGGAUUUGAAAGGUGCAUAACAGUAGAUUUUAAUCCUGGUAGAAUGCCCAAAGAAUGCUUUGGCAAUUAACUACAGUAAGACUUAUUGGAUUUUGACAGACAUGAAACUGUUACUUAGUGGUUUGAAUUUAUGCUGUGAAAAUAUAGUUUUGUCUGUAUCAUAACAUGACAAGUGUGGGUUACUGGUAAAGCAAAUAAAGAGAAAAUUAGUUUUUAAGUGGAGCAGCUAAGAAGCCACUGCAACCUUUUGAAAUUAAUUGAGAAGGAAUACAGUUGUCCUGUUGGAAUUGAUUUACAGGUUGGGUUAUCAAAAUUCAAUUCUGCUUCAUCAAAUCUUUGCACACAAGAUCUCUCUCCUGGUGAUGGACAGGUAAGGGUCAUCAUGUUUUUUUAGGCAGCUAAAUGACUGCUCCAGUGGUCAAAUAAGUUUUUGUUUUCUAGAUGUUCUUUUGAGAAAUAUUUUACCGUUUAGUUUUCCUGAUCAAGUACUCAAGCACAAGCCAUGAAUCCACCCUGAAAAAGGAGGUUAUGCAUAGUAAAAGGGAUCUUAUAUCAAUCAGUUUUACUCAACUAUUAAAAUGUAUUGAAUCGCAAAAAAACCCAUUAUUGUGCUUAAAACCAUGAAUGCCUUCUUAAAACUAUGUGUAUUCUAAGGUUUAAAUCAUGUAACAAAUUUUUAAGAAGACUUUCAAACCUGUUUUUGACAAUUGGAGGCAGGUCAAAGGUUAUAAUAAGAUUUCAACUAAUAGUGUGUGAGACAGCAACUUCUGUUUGUGAUGUACUACUGGUGACAAACAAUUUUCAGCCAAUAACUAUUUUCCCUGAUCAUUCAAAACAAGUCAACUUCCCAAAUUGUCCUAUUUUGACCCCUGUGGCCUUUUGGAAGUGGUGUAAUAACUGAAGAGUACUUACCUAUAACUGCAGUUUCAAAAAGAAUACUCACUUUUGUUUUUGUAUCAUGCCUUCAGGCUAUUGAACUGGGGGAUGCUUUAGAAGUCAAGUACACUGGAUGGUUAUGGACUAAUAACAGUUUUGGAAAAGUAAAUUUUUUACUUCAAUCAAUCUUAUGUAAUUUCUACUGACUGUAAAAUGCACGUCACUGGAACUAAUUUUUUAAUUUUUAGGUUUUUGACAGCAAUGCUGAGACAGAUAAAACAUUCAAAUUCAAAACAGGGAAAGGAAAAGUAAUCAAGGUACACAGACAACACACAGUACAGUAAUUUCAUAUAUUAAGUCUCCUUGAUCUGUCAGAGUCCCUUAUUCUGUUCAUUCAGUUUGUCUGUUUGGAUGCUUCUCAUCCAUUUGUCUAUCCAUGUUCUAGUUCUCAUCUGUAUGCCUUUUCUGUUUUCUUUCUUUCUUUCUGUAAUUUUUUAAAAUCUUUCCUUCACACUUUACACCCCAACAUCAGUAUGUAUAUGUUGUGGUGCAAUUUUAUCCUCAGUUCAAUUUUUUUUUGUUUGCCUUUUGGUACUGUAAUGUAUGAUAGUAAGGUUGAAAGAAAGGAAAAUAAAAUUUGAACCAAGGAUAAAAUUAAACCACAUCAUAUAUCCUCCAUACUGUUCUUUAUGUGUUUUCCAAGGUACUAACAAUAGUUAAACAGACAAGAGUUAUUUUAAUUGGUGAUCAUUUCCUUUAUUCUCAUGACCUUAAUCUGUGAUUCAGUGGUGAUAUUGUGGAGAGAAAUUAGAUGCUAGUCACUCUCAGGGGUCAAAGGGUUAAGUUUAUGACUUGAGUUAUACUCCAGGAAAUAUUUAUUGUACUGGCUUUCAAUGUUCAUAUUCUCUGUCAUGGUAAAGACAUUGUUUUGAACUGUGGUGAAAUAUUUUAAAUUUCUUUAGGGAUGGGAGCAAGGAGUGAUAGGCAUGAAAAAAGGUGGAAAGAGGUUGAUUGCCAUUCCGUCUGCUCUGGCUUAUGGAGAAAAGGUCAGAUCUUAAGUUAAACAUUUUAAAUCUUAAGGGGAGUGUGAAAUUCACCAACCCUUGGUUUCUCUCAACUCUGAUAAUUGUAAACAGAACUGGUUUCCCUUACCUUGUCGAACUCUGUCAUUAUAAGGCAAGCAGGUAAUGAGAAUACUUAAACUAAACAGUGAGAUCUUGUGAGUGUAAGGGUUAACAUGAUACUAUGGAUUCAUUGUUAUUGAAUGAUGAUACAAGUACAAUAACUGGCAGUAAAAAACAUAAUGUAAUUCACUUAGUUUCUGUUAACUGUAAUUGAUUGAUAUUCUCCUAGAUUGAACUUGAAGAUAAUUUUCUCUGCAUUCAUUGCAAACAUUGAUCAUAUGUGUUUCUUUGCAGGGUGUACCUUCCAGAGUGCCUCCUAACUCCUCUCUCUUGUUUGAAGUAGAGGUUUUAAGGGUAUGUAUUUUUAAGAUACUUCCAAAUUACAAGCAUCCCUACAUUUACAUCAAGACAAUGAUUAGUGGUGAUAGUUAUGAUAACUGUGAUAACACCAAUGAUAGUAAUAGUAAUAAUGACAACAAUAAUAAUUUAACAUUCAAGUAAUAUCAAGGAAAGAAAAAAUAUUCCUGUGUUUUUUUUCAUGAAAAACAAGACAUAGUGCUGUUGACUCAUAUACUGAUUGAGAUCAUUUGUCAACAGAUUAAGUCCAGUAGAGAGUCAAAUGAAUCUCCAAUGACAGUUCAUGAACCUUCUACAGCACAAAAUACUGAUCAACUGCCUGACAUUUUGUCUGAGCCUUCUGGCACAAGAAAAAAGUCUACAGAUUCUGUUUCGUCACUAAGGUAGCAUGAAAUUAUCUAUUGGAAAGUGUGCAGUGUAAUCUCACCAUGGAAAUAAAGGGUGUGACAUGAUAUUGUGUAAGUUGACGAGGCUCUGUGAAAAUCACUUCAUUUCAUUUCUUAAUCUCUUCACUGCACUAUAUUGAGCAUACCACACAGGUACAUAGAUUGGUAAUUUAAGAUUAUUUCUCAGAGUCAUAGAAGCUUGUUAACAUGGUGAUCUUUUAUGUAAAAAAAUUAUGUCAGUUUGAUGGGCAAGGGUUAUUUGGCUGUUAAUAAUUACCUUUGGCUAAACAGUUCUACUUGUGAUCCUUAGUGUCCCAGGAGACUCUGGAAUUAAAGGGAGAACUGCGUCAAUCACAGAACAGCUUUCACAGGUCAGGCAGUACUCUGUUUGUUUAUCUGAUGAAGCUUUUGUUAUUGAAACUUUCAAUGCCACUUACCAUGCUAAUUGUUUUGUUAUAAGAGUCUAUUAGAAAUUUGUCAGUUGUAGCUCUGCACAAAGGUUUAAUCUUGGGACAGGUACUCAACAUACUUGCAAGGGUUUUGCAGUGGCAUUGCCGCAUGUUUUUGUUAAAAUUUAUUUUGCCUGCUACAACAGAUACAUUUAAGCCUGUUUCAUUCCCUUCCCUCCCUCCCUCCCUAAUUUUGUAAAAGUGUUUCUUGCCCAUUGUAAAAGUGUGGCAGUGAUAUCUUUACAGGUACUUGAAAGGGGGCUGUGGCUCAGUUGCCAUGGUGACCUCUCAACAAAGAGAUUGUAGUCCUCCUGUGUUGCUCCCUUCGGGAGAAUUUACCAGUCAAUACUUACUAUACUGAUAUACAUGACUAGCACACCCUUUUCCAGACUCAAAUUGUCUCUCUGUUGUGUAGUCUCCAGGGAAAAACACAGAUAAGGCUCGUUUACUUGCACGGAUGUCUAAGAUGGGAAAAAAUCCUUUAUCCCUGCCUGGAGCUGUGGUUGCCGAACCUGAAAAUGAUGAACUGGGAGAGCAGGAGCAGGUAAGUAACACAGUCAUCUCUAACAAUUGUAUCUAUCAUAGUCAUACGUCUGCAGUAGUAUGUUAAUUUAUGAAUGAAUAAAUGAAACAUUUGGUCUUUAACCUCAGACAAAAAGUUACGGAAGAGAAUGGAAGCAAACUUUAUAGUUUGAUUAGAAUUCUAACUACCUCUGAAGCACAUAAAUAAGCUUUUAGUCUACAAUGAGUAUUUUCCAAUGUAAACUGAGGACAGACUCAAUCUUUUUCUCAUACUAAAAAAAGGCUUAGUGCAUUGGAGCGCGGAAUCCGAAGGUCUGAGGUUCGAUUCCACAUAGUGACUCAGAUUUUUUUCUUUGUCCCACGCUCGUGACGAGACGAAAAACGUCUUUCUCAAGAUAGUGUUGAUUGUUUAUUAAAAUUAUUUGAUAGGAAAUUCCAACUCAUGGUGAGUUCAGUACUCCAGAAACAGCAGAUGGGAGGACAACAAAUCCACCAGCCAUUAGCUCCAACCCUCAUCCUAAUGUUCGCACCAAGCCCCAUCCUCCUCCGCGACCAGUACCUCAGGUUCACCCAGAGGUCCAUCAGCCAGUCCAUAAUCCAACGCCUCCUGCACAGCCAAUCCAACAGACUGUCAUGAACCCACAACCAGUGAUGCAGCCAGCUUUCACACCCCAUCAGCAAGUUGCUUUGUAUCAGGUUGGUUUUAAUAAAAUUAGUAAAAAGAAGUUGUUUAAAGCUAGCAGAUUUUAUCCUAUGAAAGUGUUGCUUUUAUUUAAGUUUUUUAAUAAGUUAGGUAGACCUUUAAUGUAAAAGUAAAAGUUUAUGUCUAAGGACCUUUCCGCGCCAGCGGCAAAAUUGUUUAUUCAGACAAAUUCUGUGUUAUCACCAACAUUUUACAAGUGCGGAUGGUUGGUCGCGACUCGGCAAAUUUUAGCCGAGGCGGGCAAAUCUUCAAACGCACCGCCGACAAAAUUAGUUUUGGUCCUGUUUAAAACAAAAAAGGAAAAAUCGACUACAAAAGCAAAAGCGUGAUAGACUUGUCAAUUAUUUGUCGUAUAAGCUACGACAAGCGUGUUACUGAACUGAGAUCAGUUUACUCGAAAGGCAAAAAUUGUCUUUUGCAGCAAAACUCGGAAAUUCUAAAAUUUUAAAACGACUUAGUAUAAAUCCUGGAAAUUGGAGGUGGAAUCCUUUGGCAAACUAUGCUGGUUGGUCUUAUGAACAGAUUAGGCGCUGACGGAAUUUUACGGCUUUGAAAUUUUUCAUGCGGAUGCACCAGACGAAACAAAAAUUUGUCAGGACAAAAUUUGUCCUUUGAUUUUGUCGGGACAAUUCUAGUUUUGUCCGCUAGUACAGAAAGGCCCUAAGAUUGCCCUAGAGUUACCAAUGACAACAAACAUCUCGUUUCCAAGAGUGUCCAUCAAGCAAGUUGUACAAAACUGCGCUGUGCUUCAACAGUUUCUUAUUUCGAGUGCCGUUUUUUCUUGCCCUCAGCAGACUUAGUUAAAUAAGAGUGACUUCAUUUUUGCAUAGCCAGUGUGUUAAGAUGCUCACAGUGACGAUGCUUUAAAAGCUCUAAGUAGAAGAAAAUUGCAGAGUGAGCCCUAUAGCUAAGUCUAAAGGCGCCUCAUAUGUUAAAUUUGAAACAGGUUAAACGUUAGUCUGAAAUAUGAUACAUAUGAUUAGGUUAUGUUUUGUGAAACAUUUUGAGCCACCGAGAAGUUACUUUUGGACAAUGACGAGAGAAGUCGCUGCAAACAUGUUUUGAAUUUUUUGCAAUUGCUUUUGCCUUGUUAUUGCAAAACGUAAGAUUUUGAGUUGCCCUCUGUGGAAAAUGAGAUUUUGCUCAUGAUGAAAAGAAGUCAUUCUUUGUCUGGUAUGUUUUAGAAAAAUGCAGUUCCAGGUUUGAUAACCAGCCGUUUGAAAAAUAAUCCCACGGGAGGAACAAAGAUUUGAGAUAGUGAGCUUACUAGAGAGGUAAAUGAAUGAAGGGGGUAUGUUUCUAGAGAAACUGUGGUGCUGCGUCGGUGGAGAGUAUAACAAAAUAAUUUAGUUUUAUCAGCUGAGUUGAAAAUGGAAAUUGGCCACCGUAAAGAGGUUCCUAGCUGACGUUCCGAAUGUUAGCCCUUCGUCAGAGCAAAUCAGAGAGGUAGCUGAUGACAGAUUAAGUUAACCACUGUUCUGGUUUUAUUCUGUAGCCUCCACCCAGCAUGGGGUAUCCCAUGAUGGGACCUCAGCCACAGAUAAUCACUGCACCAUAUUCAGCCCCACCCCCUACUCCUCCAGCCCCUCCACCCCAGCCUAGUGCUAAUGACGCAAUGGUCCCAGUGCUUAUGGCAGAGACACGGCAACAGCAAGGUGAAAUACGCAUGUCUAUUGGCAAGUUGUCAGACAAGAUUGACGAGCUCUCUAACAAGGUGAGCUUACUUGAUCAUCGGUGUUACGAUAUUAUUUCAUUCCUGAAUCUGUCUUCGUCGAAAAGUGAUGAAUAAUUUAUUAGAAAGCUCUUGUUUCUUAGUAAUGCCUUUUUCUACAGGAGCGGGAUAAAUUCAAGCCCUAUGAUAUGAGAAAUUACAUGUAUGAAAUUAUUGUUUGUUUCCCAAUCAGUAUCAGUAUAGUAGGUUGGCAUUGCAGCACUGCGAUGCAUGAAAUAUCAAUAUAAAAAUGUUUUGAUUUUAUCUCGAGCACCAUAUCGUGAAGUGAAAUGUUCACAAUUUGCAUCCUCCUAGUAGAACUUUUGAAUGAACAGUAAGUACACUCCUGCUCCGUAUGAUCUUUAAACUUCGUUCUAUCGAAGUCUUUACGUGACUCAAUACAGCUACCAGAAACUAAAUUUUCGGGCGAUUUUUGUCGUAGGUUGAGCGUCAUCAGCAGAACACAGCACAGCAUGGUGGACAACUAACACAAGUUGGUCAGAUGGGAAUCGGUGCCUUUGGUAAUCCACAAGCGGCAAUGGAAGCUGCUGUUUUAGUUCACAACAUUACCAGAAUAGUGCAGGUAAUACAUUAGACUAACUUGGUCAAAUAUGCGUUAUUUUUGGUACUUUUUCGUGCCAAUCUUCAACAUAUCGCAUAUUCAGUAUGAUUUUGAUGCACAUGUAAGUGAAAUAAAAUUAUUAGGUUGUCAAGUUACUGUUGAACUGCGGCCAAUAUCUUGCUUUGCUGGAGAACAGACUUUCAAAUAAAGCCGUUAUCCUCACAGAUUUAAGCAAUAGUCCACUUACAGUUGCGUGCCUGGUUGCCAAGCCUUUGAACAGGAUUGAGGCUAAGGGUGACCUUGUUAUGAUACAAACCUUGCUGCUAAUCAAAUGCAAAUUACUUUGUUUUCAUGCUAACGAGAUACUGGUCUCUAUCACAACAAGGUCACCUUCAGCCUCACUCUAAAUCAAAGGCUUAGCAACUAAGUACUCUAAAAUGGCCCGGUGAAGAAACAAAGCUUGACUAAACUUCAGGCUUUGACGGGAUUGUAACCCGUGCCUCCAGAUGCUAAUAGGUAUACCAGUAAGUAUAUUUCAUGGCAAUAAUUUGUGCCAAGUAUUUUAUAUGCAACGAGGGCAGGAGGGACAUUUUGUGUCCUUCAGAAAGCCGGCCAAUCACAGAACAAGCUACAUUAUUUAAAAUACAAUGGGGGAGGGUGACUUUUCCUAUCGAUAAUCAGCAUUAAGGAGGGUUGUAGUCGUACUGAGAGGACUAUUUUCGAUCUUUGAAGAGGAAAACCUCUUUGCGGAAUUUUGCGUCAUUAUCUGGAGUUCAAGGACCAUUAGACAACUUGUCAUGCACAUUGUCCGCAAUGAGUUUGUCAGUAAGGCAAUCUAGGUACAUUCAUUUUAUAAAAUCUCAUUCCCUACGAUUCUAGGAAAAUGAAAAGUUAAAAGCUGAAGGUGCUGAAAAGUCCAGAAAGAUUGAGACGCUGAAUGACAAGAUAUCAGAGUUACUGCAAAAGAGUCAGAGGUAUUUUUUAGUCGCGUUAAUUCCCAGAAUACAAAAAGUUGACAGAUGCAUGUAUAUGAGCCCAUUCCAGUUUCCUUUUUUUUAUUAACUCUCGCCUUAUAAACUCAGGAAGUAACGUGUGGUUGUGUUAUGAUUUUCAGAUUUGUUGAACAUAGCAACACGAUGUUGGAACAAAGGAGUGAUUCUUUACAAGUGAACACAGCACAGUCACAAGCAAGGGUGUUAUCGCUAGAACAAGAAAAGGUAAUCUGCAAACUCAUUUUCCCUGUUAUGUUGGGUGGAAUACCUCAGAAAGCGUUGUUGGGACAAUUCCUGCCUGGAAUGUUGGUCUGCAAGAUGGCAUAGAAACAUUAGCAAUUAACAAGAUUGUAAGGGGGAGAGGGGUGAAAGAACAUCAUAGACAUUGAUCCAGAGAAGAGGUCCAACUCAUUAUGUCUGGGAGCGUAGUUUGAUAUCCAAAUUGUAUUGUUUAUCUUUAAAUUGUUUGUCGUUUGUUUCUUAGAUCACCAUGAGCAGCGAGCUAACAUCAGCCAAGACACAUUUGGCAGCUCUACAGAACGAAGUAGCGUUACUCCGUCAGAGGGAAGCAGAGCUCAGUGGUCAUCUCAGCAAGGCGACAUCAGAAGCUGAAAAAUACAGAAAUGACCUGAUGCGAGCUAAAGAUUCGCACACAGGUUGGUUUGGAAAUGAGAAGUGUUCUCUAAUGGUUGACACAGAUCAAGCCUGUACGUAAAGUAAUUCAUACCAAAUGUGUGUCAAUAUGCCGCUAACUUGGAGGAAAAUUUUGGAAUUUGGCAAAUUAUUUUAAUACCCAUCUUGUUGAAGAAAGAAUUUAAAGAGACUUCUUAUCUUUUCUAUAAGAAAAUAGAUGUUCGAGUUCCCAUCUAUCGAACAGGGAAAUAACAACGAUUCCAGAGCUAUCGUCUCCAGCUACCAGCUUUCUAUUUUAUCUCCCUCUUACCUCUUCAAAUUAUGACGUGUCUGAUGCUUUCCAGAUUGAAUAAAUUCUUUACGUAGCUGUUUUUUUCCCAUCUUGCUCUCUUCUAUGUGUAAGCCUUGCAUAGCGAGGUCAGGAAAUCCAGGCGUAUUUUUUAUGGAUUGUUUUUCUCGUGUGACUGUAGAAAGUGCAGAAGAGAGUGAUAAACUGAAGCAGUCGCUUAAAGAGGAAAAACAGACAAGGAAAAGACUGGAAAGCAAAGUGGAGCACAUUGAAGAGGAGUUAAAUGAUUUGAAACAUGAAAAAGAAAGUUUGGAAAAGGUAGGAACAGUCAACUGCGUUUGGUAUAAAACUUGACACCAGAUAGAUACUUACUGAUGUGAUUUAGCCUCGCUACAGCUGUUUGCGCAGUGAAUGACUUUAUAUUUUGUCUUUCUUUUCAGGGUUUAACAGAUCGAAAAAAGAAACAUGCCGUCGACAAGAAGAAGUUCGAGGAAGAACUAGAAGAUCUGCGAUCACAGCAAGAGGUAACUGAAAAAGUUUUUAGGCUUCAGCUCAGGAUCACGUCAACAUCUGAGUGUUACUAGUUCCCACAGAAGGGCAAGUAUCAUGGAUUAACAAUUUCUCACUCAGGUGUGACCAAGAUGUGGUUUCUCUUUCAAUAUCGGCACACUAUCAAGCAGAAAGGUAAUGACAUUUCGGAAAAAAUGUCAAUUAAGGGAUAUCAUUUGAACCAGCAUCAAUUUAUGGCAGAUAGUAACGAGAAUUACUACUAUUGGAAGUGAAUAAGUUAAUUGAGAUAAUUUUUGUAAGUGCUUUUGAUUCCUAUGGGAUAGGCAGCGGUCUAGUUGUUACCGCGCUAGACUCUGGAUUGAGAGGACUGGGUUCAAGUCCUGGGUCAGGGCCUUGGGCUAAGAUCUUUGUGUUGUUGGGUAAGACACUGUUUUCCCACGGUGUCCCUCUCUACCCCAGGAGUUUAAAGAUGUACUGAGUGUGGUUGGCAAAGUUUAUUAAAUGCUAGAUGCAGGUCUACGAUGGACCAGUAUCCCAUUCCGUGUUGGUAGUAAUACUAGUCGUUCUGUUAUGUGCAAGCUGAUCCAUUGUAACUAGCAAUUACAAAUUCUAUUGUGUUAGAUCAGUAACAUUUCUGCUCUCUGGUAGGAGGAGAUAAAAUUUUUGAAGGAAAAACACAGAAAAGAGAAGCAAUCAAGUGGAACAGUCACAGCGCAACAGGUUAGCAUUUGAUGUUUGUUUUUUGCUUUGAUCCCGAUUUACAGUGCUUACAUUUGAUGUUGAGACAGAUGUACAAACCCCGCGGCGUUUCGAGCCGACGAGUUAUGCGAGCGUGCGAGAUGUUUGAAAGGGCGUGCGAGUGUUGUGGCACAUGCCAGGCCCCUCACAGACUUAUGACGGUGCAGGUUGGCUGGUCAAUCUUUUGACAAUGGUGUAAUGUGAAGAAAAGACAAAUGUUCUGAUUUUAUUUUCAGGUCGCUCAGGCGGAAGCAGAACUUGAAACGAGAUGGACAGAAAAAGCAGAAAAAAUGGUUGCACAGACUGAAGAGAAAUGGAAAAGGAGAUUCCAAGAAGUUACUGAUGAAAAGGAAGAGACAGUAAAAAAACUGGCAGAACUUCGAGAAAAGGUUAUGAAAGUUUGUUUUUACCAGUUGGGAGUACUGCAAAUUGAGCUCAGAACAGAUAUAUUGUUAAGAUUUCGUGUUCUUGGGUGGUACAAAAUAAAUUUGUGAAGUCAGUGCCAAAACUUCUGUCCAAUCUGAUCGUUUUCGGACAUUUUUACGUGUCUCGAUACGACCUUCGAAUCGACACAGUUAACGAAAGAACAUUGAAGUUAACAGACAGUUUUCCUGGUUUUCCUGAAGGUUUCAACGCUUAAAGCAGGCGACGAUGAAAAAGAAGAGAAGAUCAAAGACCUUCAAGAGAAAUUAGAAGAUCUCGCCGGAAUACGAGAAAAGGUAGGGAUAUUUUGGUGUUGAAUGAUGUUCAAAACUGCUCUCAACUUUUGAAGGAGAGUAAAUAAUAUUGGUAUGGUUAUACUGGAAAACACAGAAAAGGCGACUUAACACAUAGGAAGAACCGCUAUGGCUUCGGAUGAAGAAGCCUAACAUAGAUUGUAAAUUAGAGAUAAACGAGAUGAAAAACUGUUAAUUUGGCCUCAUGAAGCAGUUUUGAAUGUAGUCUAUGUUAUCUUCUUUGUCGUUUCCUUUAAUAUUCUCUUCCCCUCCUUAAGUUAUCAUAACCUUUCCAAGUUAUCUGGCCUUAAAAAAAAAAAGAGAUAAAGGUGAAGAUUAAGGCGACGUCUUACAAAUUUAUGCGAUGUGAGGGCGUUAGAUAGAAUGAAAAAAACCGACCGAAAGAAGUUUUUUCGUGAUUAUCUCAGAAGAGUUGUUUGCCUUUUCUUUUAUAAAAUAACAGUACAAGCGUCUUCAGGAUUCUCAAGGUGACAGAGAUUCGCAGAUAGAAGCACUUCGCUCAUCAGAACAAGAGCUAAUCGCGCUUCAGGCCAAGGUAAGGAGAACAACAUCAACAAGCGUCAGAACACGCCAAAAAUUACGUUUCACAAGGGGGUGGUGUCAAGCACGAGGCCACCGUGAAGGUCGAGUCACGUGCAGGCGGAAAACUGAGAAAAAAAUGAAGUGUUUUCCUUGGUUCGCCUGAAUACUCAUGCAGACUUGCGACUGUUGAGGAGGCUUUUUUUAAAUUUUUGUUUGUUUUGUCCAACUAAAUAGUACCAAGAAGUUCGCUCCAGAACGUUGAAAAUGAAGGAACAGUAUGAAGAGCAACUGGCUUCCGCCGAACAGGUUUGUCUAACUUACUAGAAUUUUGUUACUUAAAUCGGAUGAUGAUUCCAGACAAACCUUUUCGUCUGGUGGAUUAGGUGUUGGUUUGCAUGAAGACAAGGCCUCACAUAAUUUGUUAGUCUCAUCGUUGUGUUGAAUUUCAUUUCAGGAACGUGAAUCUGCUGUUUCAGAAGCAUACAGUAAAGGAUUGACGGAAGGGAAGAAACAGAGCGCUACGAGCAAAGAAAAAUCCUCUGUCAACGUGACUGAUGAAGUAAGUCGGAAUUUCAAUCAAAAAGCUUUUAACUUCUAGCUUACUUGGACGUCACAGGUUCGUUUUAGCAUGUUAUGUAAACAAUAUCAAUUCCUUCGCUGAAGUUUGCUCGGAAUCGUUAUGGUAGCAAUGCGUUUUGACUUUUAUUACCUUUUUGCAUUACACAGGUCAAACGUAUUAUGAACACGGUGUUCUAUAUGCUGAGAAGUGAGUUCGAAGCGGACGACAGUUAUACAGGCUCGCAAGUCAUGUCCGUAAUUCUUAAAACCAUUAAGGUAUGAGCAAUGUUUUACACAGGAGUCAAUAGAAACUCAGUCGACACGCAGUCAACCUUUUGAGUUAAAAAUCCGUCAAAUUGAUCCUGUUGCAAGUGUAUCAUUGUUAAGGAAAGGCUCGAUUUAAAAUUCAGUGGCUGCCCUUGUUAUAAACACAGACCGUUUACUUUUUGACAAAAACUAAUGCCUGUAAUGGAAAUUAUAUUUCUGGCUAUUUGUUUCUCGCUGCAUUCCUAAUGGAGUAAAUAGCAUAGCAGUAUCUUGUGAGUAGUGAACAGAGUACAUUGUGCUGUUAACCUGAAGUCGAAAACGUAGUGAUUUUUUCACAUUCACCAAAAUAGAGUACGAAAUUUGGUGCUGCUAUUGUGGAACUUCUAUCCAAGGGACACGUUCGACACUGGAAACAGUGUCCCCUUGGUAGUGGUGUCCCUUCAGUGAAAAUAGCAGAAGAGCUAUUAAAGCAGUUCGCUCCGUUCAGACCCGGCAAAGUUUGUGUCCCUUGAAUUUAGUCGUGUCUUAAAAAGAUAUUCCGUUACAUUAUUGAAAAACAAGAAGAGGAAAAGUAUCCUCUUGCAAAAGUUUGGUAAAUAUGAGCCAGUAGAUAUCAACCAAAGGACGAGUCGCGAACUUCAUGGUGAAUGAAUUACCGAUAAUGCAAAUUUGUUUUUGUUACAGGAAGUGACCAUGAAACUUGUGAGUGGAAAAUCAUCCAAGACGGAAGAAAGUGAAGAAGAGGAGGAGGAAGAGGAUGAAGAAGAAGAAGCAGAAGAUGAAGAAGAUGGAGAAGAAGAAGAAGAAGAAGAAGAAGAAGAAGAAGAAGAGAAGGAGAAAGAAGAAGAAGAAGAAGAAGGAAAAGAAGAAGAGACACUUGUGGGUGGAGAAGCAGCAAGGAAAGAAGAGAACAGAGAAGAAGACCAAGAAGAAUCAGAGGAAGAAGUGAAACCUGAGGAAACUAUUCAAGGUGUUGAUGAAGGAGAUGAAGAUGAAAGAGAUGAAGAGAAGGAAAGUAAAGAGUCUGUUACAGAGGAGGCUGAUAACCACCAGCGAGAAGGAUUCCAAGGAACUGUCGUUGAACAAAGCAAAGAUGAAAUAGAGUCCAAUGAAAUGAAAAAUGAAGGAACCGAGCAUUUAGCACACAACGGUGAAAUCAAAGAAAAAGUGGAUUCUGUAGCUGUAGAUGAUGUAGAUGAUGGUCAUUUAGAAAGCUCUAACGAUAGAGGAAUCAAUGAAAACACUGACAAUUUAGACAAUUCUUCCGAGGACUCAUUUCAAGGAAAUCAAAUAGAUGUUCCUUCUUUAAAAGAACUUUCUGCGGAGACAGAUGAAGACGCUGGAGCCGAUACUUCGGAAAAGGUUGUGCCAUCUGUAUCAGAAAGCAUAGAAGAUGCUUUUGGCGUCUCUGAGCAACGUAAAGAAGAACAAGAGACACAAGGUAGAAAUGACAGAGAACUUAUUAACCUUUUAUUUAUCGAUAACCAAACGGACGAUGAUGUUUUGAAAUAAAAGUAACCUUAGAUUUUUCUGAUCUAGAAAAGAGAAACCAUGAUCCAGAUUUUUUAAUAUAUCUUCUCGUCAACUGUUUGCUCGAUACUGCAUUUGUUACCCUUGGAUAAAUCGGUUAGACCUUAGGCGCCAUUAAGCCGAAGGAUGAAACCGCAUAUAUUUAUUCAAAUUCGUCUUUGUUGCGGUUGUGCUUGUUAUUGAAUUCACUGACAGCUCACUCUUUAUAGCUUAGGAAAGGAUAAAGAUCUCGUGUAUCGCUCAUUCGCAUCGUUUUUCUUCCGUAAUGACAGAUGUGCUAUUGCCAACAUCUCAGAGUGAGGCCCCGAGUGAAGAUAAACUUAAAUCGUAAGUACAUGUCUUGUUAGUUGAAAUAUAUGAUGGUAGUCUUGACUGAAGGGUUCAGUGUCUUUCGCCGACACCUCUCACCUGAUUGAAGAAGCACCGUGAGAGUAAAGUUUCAUGCCCGAGAGCACAACACAAUGACCCGAACCCUCGACCCGGAGUCUAGCACGCUCACGGUUAAACCAGCGCUUCUCCCACUGACACAUGGAAUACGUAGAAAGCAAAGUGGGAGCUGGUUGUGACCUGGGCUCGAUUCCCUUAAAUUGGGGGAUAAAUUUCUAAAGAAAGGUUGGUGCUGCGUCGGUGGGAGAGUAUAACAGGGUAAUUAAGUAUUAUUGGCCACCUUUUAGAGUUUCAAAGUAGACGUUGCGAGCGUUAGCCCUUCGUCAGAGUUACUUCCACAUCGUCAUUUCACUCCGACGAAGUGUAACGUUCGAUAGGUCAGCUUUGAAACUCCCUUGAGUUGAUAGUUGUUCCUGCCCCUGCUCCAAGGGUUUUUUUUAAGGUUCCGCCCUUGUCCUUACCUCAAAAUAUACACUUCAAAUUCCAAUUAUAUUGAGAGGCAGAGGACAAGAAGGCGCCCUUCGUGAAUGUCCACUCUUGUGCUAUAUUUAAGUAAAUACGAAGGAGUGAUGUGAUAAGACGUUGAGCCAGACAAGGCUAGUUUCUUAGGGUCCACGCUGAGAAAGUCUUCUUUAACAGAUGUAUACUCUUUCGCUUUUCUUCAUCAGACUGUUUGGUGACGAUGAACAUGACGAUGUGGAAUUUACGUUUGGAUCUUUGUCAAAGAAAAAAGAAGAGGAAAAGCCGGUAGCUUAUAAUUGCGUGUUUGAACUCAACCGAGGCAACUUAUGUUAUACUCUGGUUUAACUGAACAUCCUCUCAAAUCCGUUCAACUCUCUGCCUGGAUGCCCCCUCCCCUCCACUCCCCUCCGUCUCCCCCCUUCCCUCCCUCCCCCCCAUUCUCCCCACCUGUAAAAUACCCGGCGGGCGGCGGGUAUCGAAUUUUUAUGCUACUUUAGUCGUCAAUUUGACACUCGUAUAUAUUAGCUGUGAUUAGAAAUCAUGAACUAUUCAAAUUUUGUGAACCACUCCCGACCAAGACAUAUCAGAAGAGACCAAAACACUAUUGCUUAAAAUAUUAUCGAAUUGUUUGGAAAAUAUGUGGAAUAAAACUAACAUAAAGUGUGAUUUUUUCCCCAGGAUUCUCCACCGGCCCGUGCUGUGCCACCGCCGUUAUUUGAUGAUGAUGAAGAUGAUGAUCUUGAUUGGUUUAAAUGAAAUAUAUCGCAAUUCUGACCAAGCAUCAGCGCCAGUUUAGAAAAAGCCACAUAUCAUUUUAUCCUGUCCUGUAGCCCCCCUUGCAGUUAUUGCAAUAUUCCUCCCUUCCUCCCUUGUAGUGUUGGCAACGAGAAAAUCAACCAGAAUGAAGAAAACUGAGAAAACUGAACACUAACAUUCAGCAUUUCACUCAUUUUGACAGACAGAAAUACGGAAGUCGAAGGAAAAAUCUUAAAAGUUCAAGAUGUAUGAAUGCUGUUCAAACGGAGUUAAGUGAUGAGCGCUAUUAUGUUGCACGCAAUUUCCGAGUUGCCCAAGAGUUGCCCGAGUUACCUAGGAGGGUUAGCGCGAAGCAGUUGAAAUGAAAAUGACCAGUUUUUCUCAUGGAAGUAAAACCUCCUUUACAUAUUUCUUCAUUUAGUAAGUGAGGCGUUUUGAAAAUUCGAAUAUAGUCUUUUAUUUAGCUUUCACAGAGUUUUUCUAUUGAUAUGUUUAUUCGUAAUCAAUUUUCUUACAUACAAUUGCCAACAGUUUAGUCUUAUAUUUUGAGUUUGUUGAAUUAGUUAAACGACUUUUUGUGUUAUUAUUUAUUUCAUUUUGCUUUAAAUGGAGAAAUGAAUGGAAAAUAAUUGCCAACAAUGAAUAUGGAAAAAUGGCGAGGAAACCUUUUAGUAACUUUAAAGGCUGGUGAAGUUGGGUUCUCUCGCUUGGAAAAAAAACUACGGAAAAAGAUGAUGAAUAAAGUUAGAAGCAAAUAGACUUGCUUUGCAGUAAAAUAAAACAAUUUAGUUGAAACAAAAAAGAAUUAAGAAGAAUUAAUUCGACAUUGAAGUAAAUGACAAAAAAGUUAAAGGGAUCAUGUCUGUGUGGGGCCAUCUGAGAGUGAACAGGAAGGUGCCCUGACCCUUAAGUGUCGCAUCAAAGUUUUAUUUUUCACAUUUAGAUAAAAAUCUUGCGUUUAUAAGAAUUAAAUACUUGGAUGAUUGGAAGUACUUACGUAGUUAUGAUAAGAGAAAGUGUUAUUACUGUUUGGCACGUCUGCCUUUUAUUAUAUGCACGUUCGUCCUGUGAUUUUAAUGUAGAAUAAUAAUACAAAAUGUAUUUUAUCAUCAACUCCGAAAUAAGUCGUGAAAUAUGGUUAUUUUGACAUGUGGUUAAAUCUUUAAAGCCUUUUUAAAAUUUUAGACUCGCUCAGGGUAGACUUUCAUUCCAAUGUGAUAGGAUGAUACCCUAAGAGUUGACUAAACAUAGAAGUGGUUAAGAUGAAGAAGCCUUUUAAUAAUAAGGAAAGUCCAUUUACAAGUUACACUAGACGGAAUUGAAAACGUGUCAGUUUAUAAUUGAGAUAGUAUUUAUGUAAUAAAAUGGAAAAAAAUGUGAAUUAAAAGUAACGACAAAUUUAGAAGAAAAUGUUACACUUUUUUCAAAAUUGAACGCGGAGUUCCGUCAGUCCCAGUCUACCAGCCAUCAUGUGUCACGUUCAAACUAACGGAGAGGGACUGGCUAAAAGAAUCUAAGUCCUAAAUGAGUCAAUAAAGGAAAAUAAGUCUGUCCUACAAAUCUUCAGCAGGAUAUGCGAAGACCUUAAGUAAAAUAAUUUCUUUUAAUUAAACGUUAGUAAACUUGAACAUCGCACAAUGACAACUGCCCCUAAUAAACUUAUUGAGUCCUGACAAAAAAAUUUUUCUAUAACUAAAGUUACAGAUGUCUCUUUAUUAAUGGCUGGCCUGUCUCUUAAACAUAGAUUCUUGAAAGCGAUUUUUACCAAAAAUAAUAACCUUUACAAACUAAACUAGAGGGUCACCAACGGAAGUCACUCAACAUAGAAGUUUACAAAACAGACCUAUACACAUAUAUCUGCAAUAGAAUAUUACAGACUGUAAACUGCUCCUAAAACUAGAAUAGUCUUGAGAAUGUUUUGUGUCGAGACGAAUGUUCAUUGAAUAUUUGAAAAUUUUAGCCCGUGAAAAACUGAUAACUCAGGCAAUCAAUUUCAAGGAAAAAUUUUAAGCAUUAUAUUCCGUAUAGAUACAAGAGACAAGGAGAGCGCUAUAUCGACCUUAUUGCGAUUUUAAAACUUAUUUCUUUGCAAAAAGAGCUGUCGAAACAUUUAAUU